UAUGCCAAAGUAACACUUCAAGCAUACAAAAAUUAUCCACUCUCUUUAGUAUCUCAAUAUGGCUCACAUAUCAAAUCUUAUUUUUCUAGCUUCCAUUUUCCUUUUCAACAUUAUUCUAAGCAUUCCAUUCCUCACAAACGCUCAAUCCUCAUGCAAUGGACCGUGCAAAACUCUUGAUGAUUGUUCUGGUCAACUCAUUUGCAUCAAUGGUAAAUGCAACGAUGACCCUGACAUUGGGACCCACAUUUGCGGUGGGACACCAUCGCCACCAAGUGGCGGGGGUGGCAACUGUCAAUCCUCCGGCACACUAAUCUGCGAGGGAAAAUCACACCCUCAAUAUAAGUGUUCUCCACCAAUUUUGUCCUCCACACAAGCAUUACUCACGUUCAACGAUUUCAGUGAAGGCGGAGACGGAGGAGGUCCGUCAGAGUGCGACAAUCAAUACCAUGAUAACUCAGAAAGAGUGGUGGCAUUGUCCACCGGGUGGUACAACGGAGGUUCAAGAUGUGGAAGAAUGAUUAGAAUCACGGCGAGGAAUGGGAGGAGUGUGACUGCGAAAGUGGUGGACGAGUGUGAUUCGGUGAAUGGUUGUGAUAAGGAGCACGCGGGUCAGCCACCUUGUCUCAACAAUAUUGUGGAUGGAUCAGUUGCUGUGUGGAAUGCCUUGGGGUUGAAUACAGAUGUGGGUGUAGAACAAGUUACAUGGUCUAUGGCUUGAAUUAAUGAAGCUUCAAGUAUAUGCAAUAUGUAGUGGCUAGCUAAUUAAUAAAUAAGAAUAAGCUUAAUUUGCAUAAGGUUAUAGCUUCGUGUUGCUAUAUAGAUAGAUGAUGAGAAUGCUUAUUCAUUAGCAUUCGUG